AUUGGAUGUUAAAAAGAUACGGUCAUCUACAUUCUCUACUCUUGCUGUGGUAUAUUAAAAAUGAAUGUUUUUUAAUUGAGCAUAUUCGGAUCUAGAAUAAAACGCAGGAAAUAGGUCUCAUUAUAUCAUAGUCUUGAUUAUAACAGCGUUUCCGUGCUGUUCCUAAAUUGCGAACGUAAACAAAUACGCAACAUGCAAGCUGGGACUGAGUAACAGUGACCUACUAACUACGAACAAUGUCUGCUAUGAUGGGCAAUCAUAGAGAGGAACACAUGGCUGAAGAGAUUCAGGAUAUACAAGAACUCUGGUCUCAUUAUUAUACGAUGGCAUCCAAGAUGGACGAUGCUUCUAGGUUGCAGAUUCACGACAAUCUUCACAGACAAAUCAACUCGUACGAGAAACUGCUCAGACACACGGGAAGUAAGUUUGAUAUACAGAAACACCAUGAAAUGAUUCAACUGGUUAGCCGAGGACUUCCCAAAAACUUCACACCGAGACAAAAGCUCAAUAAAUCUCGAGCGAAGUUUGAUAUUCAAACCAUUGACUCCAUUAUUAAACUCAAGGAGGUUGUUGAUGAGUUCAAAACGGGCCAAAGAAAGGGAAUCCUUAAAGAAGAGGAGAGACACGCCAUUCAAUAUUUCGCAGACUUUUUUAACGAGCUUGAAUCGUUAAAAGCUCUCAAAGGCUACUUCGAUGAUAGGAUUUAUAUAACACUCCAAGAAUAUUUCUAUGAUUCCGCGCAAUCAGAUGAUAUAGCUGAGGACGAUGAUAUCAGCGUUAUUGAGGAUGUUUCCCCUAUUUCUAGUGAAGACGUCAUCAACAACAAAGCUGAUAAAGUGAAAGCAUUCUUGCCAUGGGUUGAUGAUAAUGAUGGUAACCAUAAUAUUGAAAAUAACGCCAUCAAAAGUAAGGACAAGUCUAAAAUUCAAAUCAAUGCGUGUGUGAGAAAACUUCGGAAAAUCAAUUCAAAAUGGGAUAAACUUUUCACAGAUGUGACAAUCGAUGCCCAAAAUUUCGAAAACGAAAGUAAACAAAAUAUCUCACAUUUAAACAAUUAUAAUAUACAUGAGAACAUCCUUAGACUAGUUCCAGACCUGUUGAUAAAAUCUGAAGAAUCAAUCGAAUUGGCAAAGAAAUGGUGGAUUCAUGCUAAUAAGUUCUAUGAUAUUUUACCAAAAGAUGCGUACAAACAAAAAGUAAAACAGAUCAAUCAACUCGAGGAGAUGCUUGAAACAUUGAAGUCUGAAAUUGACACUCACGAAGAAGCCAAAACACUUUUAGUCGAGGACGUUAAUGUUCUAGAAAAACGGAACAAACGGGUCCAAACUUUACAAGAGCAAUUAGAAAACGUUGAGGAAAUGAGGAAUUUUGUGCUAAAAAUGUACAGGACGAUAACAAACGAAAAACUUAGAAUUCAGUUAAACAUUGUCGAAGAUGAUUUAGAAGGGAAAGACCGGGAUGUUUUAAUCUCACAGAGUCUUGCAUAUGAGGUGAGGCUCAUGAAGCUGGACAAAGAAUUAAGUGUUUUAGAUUUCCAACAUUCUUUGGUCAUGAGUGAUUACCAGCUGGAAUUGGAGAUACAUCCGGAAAUGGUUAGAUAUCUUGGAGCACAGAGAAUAGAGACAGAAGAUAUGAAGGCAGUCAUAAAGGAAAAACGCGAGGAGAAAAAGGAUAUGGAGAAACAACUGGAGAUAUUAAAGGAUGAAGUACAUAAGAUUGAAUCUGGUGAGAAACGAAAUCAAUUGGAAAGCAAAUCGCCAGGAUUGGUACUACGCUCAAAUACGUUCACUACUGAGAAAUCAAUUGUUAAAAAGGAUAGCCCGGCUAAUGAACAUCGUUGGGAACUAAAUACAGACAGCAAUGAAAAUGGUUUGCACAAUGAUCCACGCACUGAUUCUAGACUAAACCCCAAAUCGGGAAACAAUGCUGAGACCGAAAUCGAAUUAUCAGACGAGGAAUUCUAACAUACGUUUAGUCUUUCCUUUAACCCUUGAUAUACUGUAGCUUAAUCUUGCUUUUUAAAGAAAACGUUUAUCUUCAUCUAAAUUCUAAUGUACUAGUACUAGUAGGCUCUGGCUCUGGCACUUGUACUCAAUCUUCAUACAUGCAGUACUCAAGAUAUCUUUGCUUAAUAAACAAACACAGAAUAACCAGGUUGUAUUGUUAUUAUCUGAUUUUAUAUAUCAAAAUAUUCAUUCCAUAAAAUGAUGUUUCAUCCUCUGCA